AGUUCGUCACGAGCCCGGUCAACAUGGCGGGUCCUAUGAUGAAGUGUUUUUCUCCUUUUUCUUUCCUGACCAGGAGACUGUCCGCUCCGGAGAUUUUCAGCAGAUGCUGUUAUCACGUGAAGGUCAUGGACCAUUAUGAAAACCCCAGAAACGUGGGCUCUCUGGACAAAAACUCGAGGAACGUGGGGACGGGUUUGGUCGGGGCUCCGGCCUGUGGAGACGUGAUGAAGCUUCAGAUUGAGGUGGACGACCAGGGGAAGAUCGUAGACGCCAGAUUCAAAACAUUUGGCUGCGGUUCGGCCAUCGCCUCCAGCUCUUUAGCGACGGAGUGGGUGAAGGGCAAGUCUGUGGAGGAAGCACUGACCAUAAAAAACACAGACAUCGCCAAAGAGCUUUGUCUUCCUCCGGUGAAACUCCACUGCUCCAUGCUCGCUGAAGACGCCAUCAAAGCUGCGCUCGCCGACUACCGUCUGAAGCAGCGGGACGAGCCGCAGGACGCAGCCAGGGCCAACAACUGAACAUAGCUCUGUAGCCCCCUCUAGUGCAGACCUCGUGGUACUGCAGUGAGGUACACAGUACAUUUCUAAAUACGCACACGACUCUGAAACUUUACUCCUGUCACAUUAACGCACAAACGAAGCUGUCGGAAGAAGACGCAAUGGAGCCUUAUUUAUGAGACUGUUUUUGUUCAAACAUUUUGUGCUUGAAAAGAAAUCGUGGCUGUAGUGGAAAAAACAAAGCACUUCUCAGGCACAUUUUAAUCACUUUUUUUAUGCAAAGGGCCAGUGCGGCUUCAGAAGGGCCCCUGGGUUUUAUGUUUGGUAGAAAUGCUUCCCUUUUGUUCAAAUAAAAUAAAUAUUAAAACUGACACCG